CCAAUCAUAAAUAUGGAUGGCCCCCCUGCAUUUGCAUCAAGUCCACCAAUAAAAACCCACCAAACUCAUCAAAAUUAGUGUUUAUUGUAUGCCCUUGGGCACACAUUAGAAAGACCCUUGUAUAAAAUUCUCCCCAAAUAAUAACUUAAUCAAAUAUGGCGGGAAAAAUUAAAUUUUACUAAACCGCUAUGAAUCCGAUAAAAUUAUUACGAAAAAACCUUUCUUGCCUCGUCAUUAGCAAAAAGAUUACAACUUUAAGUUCAAUCUCAGCACCCCAUCAAGUUUCUUUACAGGUUCUUGAAGCUGAACAAGCCCAGGCCCAAGCUUCACUUCAUUCUAUUUCUUUAGACCCCUUUUAUGCAAUGCUGUGUUCUUGCAAGAAUAAACCUAGUAUUCAAAGAGCCCACGCGUUUCUGAUUGUUCAUGGUGAAGUGGGUUCUUGUUUAUAUCAGAAUAGAUUGGUUAGGUUGUAUGGAAUGGUUGGUCAAGUUGAGAGCGCACGUAAGGUGUUUGAUGCAGUGCCUGACCCAGAUCUUGGUACUUGUAAAGUGAUGAUUAGGUGGUAUUUUAUUAAUGAUUUGUAUAGGGGUGUUAUUGGGUUUUAUGAUUGUAUGAGGGUGUGUGUGAGGGAGAGUGAUAAUGUUGUUUUCUCGAUUGUGUUGAAGGCGUGUAGUGAGCUGCGGUAUUUGGGGGUUGGGAAGAAGGUGCAUUGUCAUGUUGUGAAGGCGGGGAAUCCGGAUAGUUUUGUGUUGAAUGGGCUGGUGGAUGUGUAUGCUAAGUGCGGGGAGGUGAGUUCGUCUCGUAGGGUGUUUGAUGAGAUUGUGGAUAGGGAUGUGAUUUGUUGGACUUCGAUGAUUGUUGCGUAUGUGCAAAAUGGUUGUGCCGAGCAGGGGUUGAGUGUGUUUAAUAGGAUGAGAAGUGGGUUGGUUGAAGGGAAUGUGUAUACUUUUGGAAGUUUGGUAACGGCGUGUACGAAGAUGGGAGCUUUGCACCAGGGAAAGUGGAUUCAUGGGUAUAUGGUUAAGUAUGGAAUUGUUCUUAAUUCCUAUUUGGUCACUGCUCUUGUUGACAUGUACAGCAAAUGCGGGUCCAUCACCGAUGCUCAUAGAAUUUUCGAUGAGUGUUGUAUAAUAGAUCUCGUCUCGUGGACAUCAAUGAUUGUCGGGUACACGCAACAAGGCUACCCUGAACAGGCACUGAAGUUGUUUACAGACAAGAAAUGGAAAGGCAUUUUACCUAAUUCAGUAACCCUUGCUUCUGUAAUUUCAGCCUGUAGGCAAGCCGACAAUUCUAAAUUUGGCAGAUUGGUGCAUGGUUUUGGGCUUAAGCUUGGUUUACAAGAUGCAAAUGUGUCAAGUGCUCUCGUGGGGAUGUAUGCAAAAUGUGAUAUGAUGGAAGAUGCAAAUAAUUUAUUUCAGACAAUUUCAGAAAAAGAUGUGAUUACCUGGAAUUCAAUUAUGUCUGGUUAUGCACAAAAUGGAUAUGCUUAUGAAGCUCUAAAACUGUUUCAGCAUAUGAGAUUAUUAAAUUUGAGGCCAGAUGCAGUCACACUAGUGACUGUCCUCUCAGUUUGUGCUUCUGUUGCUGCUCUUCACUUUGGCUAUGCUCUUCAUGCUCACUCCAUUAAAGUAGGAUUGUUGUCAUGUAACAAUGUCUAUAUUGGAACUGCACUAUUAAGCUUUUACGCAAAAUGUGGAGAUGCAGCAUCUGCUCGUCACAUAUUUGAUGGGAUGGAAGAGAAAAAUGAGUUUACUUGGAAUGCUGUGAUCGGUGGUUAUGGAAUGCAAGGAGACUGUAGUGUUUCUCUCACUCUUUUCGAUGAUAUGCUGAAGGACAAAAUGGAGCCCAAUGAUAUCACGUUCACUACUAUAUUGUCUGCCUGUAGCCAUGCAGGGAUGGUUGACGAAGGGAAGAGGUAUUUCAGUUUGAUGUGCCAGAAAUACAACUUUAGGCCCUCUUUGGAACAUUAUGCAUGUAUGGUUGAUUUACUGUCUCGGGCUGGAAGGCUUGAAGAAGCCCAGGAUUUCAUUGAGAAAAUGCCAAUUCAACCUGAUGUCACUGUUCUUGGAGCGUUUCUUCAUGGGUGCAAUCUCCAUUCAGGGUAUAACCUUGGAGAGUUGGCUUUAGGAAAAUUGCUGGAGAUGAAUCCCAAUGAUGCUAGUUAUUACGUGCUUAUGUCACAAUUAUAUGCUUCAGACGGAAAAUGGAGUCAGGCCUAUCAGGUAAGAGAGCUGAUGAAGGCAAGGGAGUUGAACAAGUCCGCUGCUUUGAGCUUAGUAGAUAUGCAGAAUCUUAAAAGUGAGCUUCCUCCUCUGAGAUUAGCAUCUCAAGCUUAAAUCAAUUCUUGUCAGUACACAAGAUAUCUCUCUAUAUUAUAAAUCCUCCUGCGUUUUUCCCUGUUAAAAGUCAGUUUUGUCCCUCUACAUUUUCACUAAUUUCUUUAUACGGCCACUCAUUGCCACGUGCACCUCUCCCAACCACGUAAACCCCAGCGUUGUCUUACACCACUGACCACCCUCCAUUCUUAUCUUUUUCAAAUUUUCAAACCACCGUUCAAAUUCUCUCUCUGUGCGCUGUUUGCCCCUUUUUUUAGGAUUUCAGGCUCCGGUUCACCGCUGUGAAAUCAAUUUUCCGAUUAAAUCUAUCUCUCCACCAGAGCUGGGUUUCAAGGGCUGCUUCGCCUUAAACCUUUUAUAACUACACUUUCAAGUCUUGAAAAACCCUAGAUCUUAACUGCCUCUCUCAGUAUCUCCUUAAGCCUCCAGCUCCAAUGAUAAUGAGGAAAAGCAUCAAAAACUACAUUGCUGCUUUCCAGGUUGUAGUAAUGGAGCCACAAUAAGUGAUAAGUGGAGGGAUCCUUCAAGGCAAGUUUUUUUAUAUAUUGUAAUGCAUCUCAUUAUUAGUCUGAUGAUAGCAACCCUUUUUUAAACUAUCAAUUGAAAUAUUAGCUUAUAGCCAGCAAACAAUGCUGAUCCAUGGUUUUACCUGAAGUGUCUGUUUUUUUAUUUUUGGUUAUAGACUUGCAGACAUAUAAAUCAUGACAAUAUCUUUGUAAAUGGUGCUCUACGCCCUUUGGUUUCAAAAUCCAUUCUAAUUUGCAAGUGACAUUAUUGCAUUAAGCAGUUCCUAGCUGCAGGAUCAGUAGAUCAAUUCAAUGGGUUCUAUGUACGCCACCAUUAUGUUCCUUGGAGUACAGAAUGCCACAACAGUGCAGCCGGUUGUCACUAUUGAAAGAAGCGUCUUCUACUGGAAAAGAGCAGCUGGGAUUCAGCUCUUCUAUAUGAUGUUGUACAGAGCAGUUCAUGUAAUGCACUCGAUGAUGAUGGAUGUAGAGGCAGGGUGAACACGCCUGCAGUGUCUCCAAGUAAUUGAUAGGGGACUUCACAUUACAUUACAUUACUGAGGAUUAUAGAGCUUGAGGUGGCAGGGAAAUGAAGUUUCUGGUGUAUCUUCUGGCAAGUUGAUUCAUUUUAUCAUAGAUAUUAUAUCAAAUAUAUGGUGCUAGACUGCUGGCAUUGCCUCAGUAGCUCCUUUUGUUUGUCAGGAUAUAAAAUUCAUAUAUUAAUUUACUUUGUAGGCAUUGAAAAACUAAUUUCACAGUUUUCUAAUAUACUCAUUUAUGUAUGAAA